UGGGAGAAACAGAGUGACAGACAGAGAUGGAGUGAUAUAGUGAGACAGACAGAGAGUGAGACAAACAGGCAGAUAUAUUUUUAGAGGGUUAGGUGUGUGGAAGAGAAUAAUUGUCUCCAUAUAAAUAAAUACUUUCAUAGAAAUAAGAGAGACUAAUGGUGGGAUUUACAAAGGACAGAUAGGUCAGAUAAUGAAUUAGAAAGAGUAAAGUGAAUGUGAGUGUAAGUGAGACCCACACACAUUGGACAUUGCCUAAAGUGAGUGAAGAACGAAGGUCAAGGUGCCACAAUGACAGAUCUGAAUGGUCGCUAUGCUCUCGUGUCUCAGGAAAAUAUGGAGGAUUAUCUCAAAGCAAUAAAUAUAAACAUUGCUCUAAGGAAGAUAGUCCUCCUUCUACGUCCAGAAAAAGAGUUUGUGGUGGAUGGCAAUCACAUGAUCAUACGAACACUUAGCACCUUCCGAAAUUACAUCAUGGACUUCACGCUGGGGGAAGAGUUUGAAGAAGAUCUGAGUGUCAUUGAUGGUAGGACUUGCAAGACAACUGUGUUUUGGGAAAAGGAAAAGCUAGUCUGUGUACAAAAAGGAGAAGUACCAAACCGUGGCUGGAAACAGUGGAUAGAUGGAGAUUUGCUCCAUGUGGAGCUAACAGCAAGAAACGUGUUAAGCAAACAGACCUUCCGUAAGGUAGAAUGACCGGAUGACAACUUACCAGCUCAGCCAAACUCACCAUAACCUCUGGUCAUCAGCAUGUCACUGAGCCUUCUCUGCCUGACCUCUUACUUUACCUGUUUAUAUCACAGACUCCAACACUGCUAAUUACUGUGUCUGGAUGGAUCUCCAGAUCUGUGUGGCAUUCUUUACACAAACACCAAGCACAAUGAUAAUGUCAUUCUUUAAAUUGAACGUGAAACGAAUCAGCCAAAGUACAACUGCAUUUUUUAACAAUAAAAUUAUCAGACACCGAACACUAAUUAUAGUUACUUCUCACAGCAGCAAAGUCUUCCUAGGAAAAUGUAAACCAUGACUUUGGGAUUUGGUAAUAUAUAUAUAUAUAUAUAUAUAUAUAUAUAUAUAGAUGGAGGUAUAUGAAGGUUAUAGGUUAUACUGGGUCACUGAGAUUGAGGUACAGGGAGAUGAUUUUCAAUCAUAGAUGGUGGAAUUCGGACAUUAUAUUGGGCAAUAGGAAGACCGUUGAUAAAGGUUGCAUGGAAUCGCAUGUUUAUAGUGUAACAUAGUGAUUUAUAGACUGGGCUGUACCAGCAAUAGAAGGAGUUAUCAGGCACAAUCGGAGGACUUAUGUGGAGGGUUAAAAGGUGGAGUUAUAGGGAAAGGAUAUAUAUGGAGUAACAGAGGGAGUUAUAGGGAGGUUUGCAUGAAACAUUAUCGUGUGUUCUAGAGAGGUUUACGCUAGAGGUGUUAUAGGUAGGUUUACAAUAGAGGUAUUAUAGAGAGGUUUACGAUACAGGUGUUAUAGGUAGGUUUACAAUAAGGGUGUUCUAGUGAGGUUUACGAUAGAGGUGUUAUAGGUAGGUUUACAAUAAGGGUGUUCUAGUGAGGUUUACGCUAGAGGUGUUAUAGGUAGGUUUACAAUAGAGGUGUUAUAGAGAGGUUUACGAUACAGGUGUUAUAGGUAGGUUUACAAUAAUGGUGUUCUAGUGAGGUUUACGAUAGAGGUGUUAUAGGUAGGUUUACAAUAGAGGUGUUAUAGAGAGGUUUACGAUACAGGUGUUAUAGGUAGGUUUACAAUAAUGGUGUUCUAGUGAGGUUUACGAUAGAGGUGUUAUAGGUAGGUUUACAAUAGAGGUGUUAUAGAGAGGUUUACGAUACAGGUGUUAUAGGUAGGUUUACAAUAAGGGUGUUCUAGUGAGGUUUACGAUAGAGGUGUUAUAGGUAGGUUUACAAUAGAGGUGUUAUGGAGAGGUUUACGAUACAGGUGUUAUAGGUAGGUUUACAAUAAGGGUGUUCUAGUGAGGUUUACGAUAGAGGUGUUACAGGUAGGUUUACAAUAGAGGUGUUAUAGAGAGGUUUACGGUAUAGGAAGGGUUAUGGGGAGGGUUAUUUAGAGUUAGAGGAGGAGUUGUUUGGAGGUUUCUUGGAGGAAGAAGAGAAGAUACAGAGAGCAUUAUAUGGAUUUAUAUGAGCAGUUAUAAGGAGAGAUGUAGGAAUCAAUAGGAGGAAUUAUAGGGAGGAUAAAGUACACUAAAGUAGUUCUAAGGAGCAAUGAACAAUUACGUAUGA